UUCCGAGACUGGUGAAGGGAAGGAACGGAACUGUACGCGCGCGGUGCGGUUGCGACCGAGGAGCGUACGAAGAACGGCUCCCGCGAGCGAGCGAGCGAGUCCGUUGCCGCAUUGGCGCAAAUUUCGGUUUGUUUUACGCCGGUUUACGUGAGAAAGAGAGAGAGAGAGAAAGAGAGAGAAAGACGCUCUCUUUCUAUCCGCACGCAACGUACAGACGCAGCAGUGAAGCGUGCACGCUCGCGCGCGCCGUUGACGUGCGUCGCUUUCGAAUACACAAUUCGAGAGUAUACGUAAAUAUAAAAAAAAAGGAAGAAUAACAGCGAGACGUACAGUGCGCGAGUGUGUGAUAACGAGCGAGACAGAGAAGAUAGAGAAAGAGGGAGAGAAAGGAAUUUCGGGCGUUCGUAGUGGGUGCUUCGUUUCUUCUGGUGGAUUUCUCUGGUGAUACGUGGUGUCACGGUGAUCCUCCGAUAGCGAGCGAAGGAGAGCCGUUGAUAGCGCCAGAUUUCGGAUACUUGGCGAACGCACCUACUAAACAGCUAAGCGACAAGGGGCGCAGUAUGUGCCCGGCGCUGGGCCAAGCGCCGCACCCCAAGGAAGGAUUCGCAAUUUUGAAUACGACUCCACAUAUCCACCAACGAGAGCCGACAGAUACAGGGGCGGUCCGCAGAUACAAAAGAGAAUGACUCAGAGGGAAGACGUUCUAAAGUUCGAGCAGGGCCGCAUCAAGGCCCUGCAGGAGGAACGGUUGCACAUCCAAAAGAAGACGUUCACCAAAUGGAUCAACUCGUUUCUGUUGAAGGCGCGUAUGGAGGUGGACGAUUUGUUCACCGAUCUCGCGGAUGGCAAGAAGCUGCUCAAAUUGUUGGAGAUCAUCUCCGGCGAACGAUUGGCCAAGCCCAACAACGGACGCAUGCGAGUUCACAAAAUCGAGAACGUAAACAAGUCUCUGGCGUUCCUCCAUACCAAGGUUCGUCUCGAGAGUAUUGGCGCGGAGGAUAUCGUGGACGGUAAUCCUAGACUGAUCCUUGGUCUUAUCUGGACUAUCAUUCUGCGCUUCCAAAUUCAAGAGAUCGAGAUCGACGUGGACGAGGAGAAUGACAGCAGCGAGAAAAAGUCUGCCAAAGAUGCACUGUUACUCUGGUGUCAGAGAAAAACGAAUGGCUAUCCUGGCGUCAACAUACAGGACUUCACCGGGUCCUGGAGAAGUGGUCUUGGUUUUAACGCUCUCAUACACGCUCACAGACCGGAUUUGGUCAAUUGGUCGGAAUUGCAGCAGAACAGAAACAUCGAUAAUCUCAAUUAUGCCUUCGACGUCGCGAACUCGGAACUCGGCAUACCGCGACUAUUGGAUGCGGAAGACGUGGACACCGCCAGGCCGGACGAGAAGUCGAUUAUCACCUACGUCGCGUCUUACUACCACACGUUCGCCAGGAUGAAGAACGAGAUAAAGAGCGGCAAGAGAAUAGCGAAUAUCGUCGGCCAGAUGAUGGAUGCUGACAAAAUGAAGGUUCACUACGAGAAGCUGACGAGCGACCUGCUGGAAUGGAUCAAGAUGAAGAUCGAGGUGCUGGAGAGCCGUAGUUUCCCGAACUCGCUUGAGGGUAUCCAACGGGAGCUGCUGGCCUUCAAGCAAUAUCGAACAGUGGAGAAGCCGCCCAAGUACAAGGAACGAUCAGAGAUAGAAGCACUGUAUUUCCACAUAAAUACUCAGCUGAAGUCCCUGAACCAGCCGGCAUUCACUCCGCAAGAAGGACAGCUGAUCCAUGAUAUCGAAAGGAACUGGGUGGAGCUGGAGAGCGCGGAACACCGUCGUGAGGUUGCCCUGAGAACCGAACUUCUACGGCAAGAGAGGCUCGAACAACUCAACUACAAGUUCGAACGAAAAAGCGUGCUCAGAGAAGGCUACCUAAAAGAAAUGAUCCAGGUGUUGACCGAUCCAAGGUACGGCAGCAACUUGGCGCAGGUGGACGCCACGGUGAAGAAGCACGAGGCCAUCAGCGCCGACAUUUUAGCGCGCGAGGAACGCUUUCACGAUCUGACGAAUAUGUCUGAAGAGCUCGUUCGUGAAAAUUACCACGGCUUAGAGAGAGUCCGCAGCAGGGAACAGGAGGUGUUGCAAAGAUGGAAAGAGUUGCUGGCUCUGCUGGACCAUCAUAAGUCCAAUCUGGUUGCCUUGUGCUCACUAAUGAGCUUGAUGCGGGAGAUUGACACGACGUUGGCUUCGAUCCAAGAGCUCCAACUGAACUUUCAGAGCACCGAUGUGGGCCCACAUCUACUGGGAGUGGAAGAUCUGUUGCAGAAGCACAGUCUGCAGGAACUGCAGGUGACAGCUCUGGGUGAGAGUCAAAGGAGACUCGGCAGACAAGCCACUCAACACCUGGCGCAGCCGCAGAGCAAGGAAGCGCCGAUGUUACAGCAAAAGUUGGAAUUGCUGAACAGUACCUACGAUGAGUUAUUGGAGAACAGUAAAGAGCGCAAGGCUCGGUUGGAAGACGCCAGGAACUUCUUCCACUUCCUUCAGGACCACGAGGAUGAGGAGUCGUGGUUGGUUGAGAAGCAGCGGAUCUGUAAGGCCGGUAUAUCCGCUAAAGACCUACGAGCAGUGAUCUCGCUGCAGCAGAAGCAUAAGGCUCUGCAAGAUGAGAUGAAGGUGCGCAGGCCCAAGUCCGAGCAACUCUGCGACACUGGCAGGAAACUGAUAGCUGACAAUCAUCCGUCGGCACUAGAGAUACAGAACCGAAUAGAUUCACUGCAGGAACACUGGAGGGUUUUGGAAGAACUGGCAGCGUUGAGGAAAAAGCAAUUGGACGACGCGGCCGAAACGUUCCAAUUUUAUGCCGACGCGAACGAGGCCGACUCGUGGAUGAACGAAAAAAUGACGCUGGUAGCUUCGGAAGACUACGGAGUGGACGAGCCGAGCGCUCAAGCUUUGUUGCAAAGACACAAGGACCUAGAAGGCGAACUGAAUGCGUAUAAAGGCGACGUGCAGUCGCUAAACACGCAAGCGGAGAAACUCAUCAAAUCCGGAAUUUCCACUCUGGAGCUAACUGCCGAUCCGGAACCGGUCGCCGAGCUCGAGCAAGAAGAGUGGAGCAAGGAAAUAAGGCUGGUACCACAAGACGAGUGGGUGGAUGAGGUGGUCGAACGACUGGAACCGAGAACCGUUCACGAGGACAGAUUAGUGCCACAGGUGAAGAGUCUGUAUCCAUUCAAUGGUCAAGGUAUGCACAUGGUAAAGGGUGAGGUGAUGUUCUUGAUGAGUAAGACGAAUCCUGAUUGGUGGAGCGUGAGGAAGACCGAUGGUACAGAUGGAUUCGUGCCAGCUAACUACGUUCGCGAAAUUGAACCGAAAGUCGUACAGGUACAAGUACGAAGACCCGAGAAAGUCAAGGUUACUCAACGGGUGAAGAAGACGAAGAUGGUGAAACAGGUGGUGCCGGUCCGGCGAUUGAAGUCCAUCAAGUCCACCGUAAAGCCGAUCAAGCGGAAAACAGUGAGCGACGGUGACAGUGUGGAGAAGCGACAGAAGAAGAUUAACGAUACCUACGGCGAGCUGCAGGAACUCGCUGUGAAGCGUCAUGCGUUAUUGGAGGAUGCCAUCAGGCUUUAUGGUUUUUAUCGAGAAUGCGACGACUUCGAGAAAUGGAUCAAAGACAAAGAAAAAAUGUUGAGAGUCGACGAUCCUCGCGAUAACGUCGAGACAGCGAGAAGGAAGUACGAGAAGUUCCUGACGGAUCUGUCGGCGUCUGGAAAACGAGUGGAGGCUAUAGAUACCGCAGUAGACGAAUUCGUUCGUCAGGGUCAUAGUCAGCUGGACAAAGUCAAGGCUAGACAGAAGCACAUUCAUCAGUUGUGGGAUCAUCUGAACUGGCUGAAGACACAAAAAGAAAAAAGUUUGGAAGGUGCAUCCAGCGUCGAGUUGUUCAACAGAACCUGCGAUGAGGCUCACGAUUGGAUGCUGGAAAAGAUUACCCAGCUAGACACUGCUGAGCUGGGACCUGACUUGAAGACUGUGCAGGCUCUGCAGAGGAGACAUCAGCAUCUGGAGCGCGAACUGGCACCAGUCGAGGAGAAAGUGCGAAAAGUAGAUUUGUUAGCGAAUAGCGUAAAAAAUUCAUACCCACAUGAACUCAAUAAUGUCAACGCAAGACAAAACGAGAUUAAGGAGCUUUGGAACAAAGUCCAAACGAAGGCCAAAGAACGAAGAUCCCGUUUAGAAGACGCAGUUGGUCAACAGAUAUUCAUGAACAGCUCGAAGAACUUGAUCAACUGGGCCACGGACAUACAAGAAACGAUGAAAGCUGAAGAGCCCGUGAGAGACGUCGCUACGGCCGAACAGCUCAAGAAACAGCACAUGGAACUCGGAGAAGAAAUACGUACCAAAGAAGACGAAUUCCGUGAAGUUGAAGACCUCGGUAACCAAUUGUUGCGUCGCAACCAGAGCUUGGCGGAUGUGCGCGAACGUCUGGACAAGCUAAACGGAUUGUAUUCAGCUGUGACAUCCGACUGGAUGGCCAAGGAGGAAUGGCUACGACAAUGCUUGGAAUUGCAGCAAUUUAAUCGGGAAGCAGAUCAAAUUGAAGCUACUACCAGCUCUCAUGAGGCUUUUCUCGAGUUCACAGAUUUGGGAGAAUCUCUGGAUGACGUCGAAGCAUUACUGAAGCAACAUGGCAAAUUUGAGAAUACUCUGCACGCGCAAGAUGACAGAUUGAAGGCGUUCAGUGAUACUGCCGACAAAUUGAUCGCUCACAACCAUUAUGAUAAAGAUUAUAUCAACGAAAGAAGAAACCAAGUACUAGCGCGUCGCAUGGCAGUGAAAGACGCCGCUCAGCGCCGAAGAGCAGCCUUGAAAGCAUCCGAACAUUACCAGCAGUUCUCAGCCGAAGUGGAUGACUUGCGCGACUGGUUGGGUGACAAGAUGAAAACCGCGGCCGACGAAAGUUACCGUGAUUUAAAUAAUCUCGAACGCAAACUGCAGAAACACGAGGCCUUCGAACGGGAAUUACGCGCCAAUGAAGGACAACUGAGAGCAGUCAAUAAGGCUGGCAAAGCGUUGAUAUCCGAAGAGAAUUAUAGAUCAGAUGAUGUCGGAGAGACAUUGAAGGACCUAAAUAAUCAAUGGGAUCAACUAGUGGCAUUAUCACUAGAAAAAGGUCGCAGAUUACGACAAGCAGCCUCGCAACACGGAUAUAAUCGCACCAUGGAAGAUGCCAGAUUGAAGCUGGAAGAGAUUGAGAGUUGUUUGCAGAGUAAACAAGUCGGUGCGGACUUGCGCAGCUGCAAAGAGUUAUUGAAGAAACACCAGACUCUGGAGAGCGACAUGUGCCAGUGGGAGCAGAAAGUGGACGACCUCGUAGCCAUGGGUCAAGAGAUGGCACACGAGGGUCACUUUGACGCAGUGAAUAUCCUGAAAAGUAGUCAAGCCACGCAGAAGAAAUUCCGUAGCCUGAAAGAGCCCGCUAAGAAACGACGAGAAGCACUGGAGGAAAGUUUGCGUUUCCACAAAUUCGGCUUCGAAUUGGACGCAGAGCUGCAAUGGAUCAAGGACCAUUUACCGCAAGCAUCCUCGACAACUCUUGGACAGAACUUGCACCAAGCACAGACCUUGCACAAGAAGCACAAGAAACUGGAGGCAGAGAUCGCCGGUCACCAGCCCAUGAUAGACAAGACACUGGCUUCUGGGCAGACGCUCAUCGAUCAGGCGCACCCGGAAAGAAAGAAGAUCCAAGAACUCUGCGAUGUCCUGGAUGAUGCAUGGAAAGACUUGCAAGAUAAAGCAGGAGACCGUAGCAAAGCAUUGGACUUGUCUCUAAAAGCGCAAGAAUUCUUCUUCGAGGCUGGCGAGGUUGAGAGCUGGCUUAACGAGAAGAACGACGUGUUGAGUUCAACCGAUUACGGUAGAGAUCGUGAUGCCGCCACGAAACUACUAACGAAGCACAAGGCUGUGGAACUCGAAUUAGACACAUACAACGGCAUCGUGACCGAAAUGGGACACACCGCUGCCACAAUGAUAAACUCGAAGCAUCCUGACAGCAAGGCAAUAGCGAACAAGCAACAAGCGAUCGUCCAACAAAUACGCGCUCUGCAACGGCUGGCUACUGUUAGACAACAACGUUUAAUGGAGAGCAUGUAUCGUCAUGAAUAUUUCCUAGAAAGUAGGGAAUUGGAGCAAUGGAUCAAAGAGCAAGAACAGGCAGCCGCAUCAGAGGAUUACGGGCAGGAUUACGAGCACCUGCUGAUACUGCAAGCGAAAUUCAAUGACUUCAAACAUCGAAUAGAGGCUGGCUCCGAGAGAUUCAAUCAGUGCGAAGACCUAGCUAGAAAACUCAUUGCGAAUGAGAGUCCUUACAUCCAGGACAUCGAGAAACGUCAAGAGCAAUUAGGACACGACGAAGACGAUCCAGUACUUCAAGUACGAGAUCAACACGCGAUAAUGCAAGAAUCAUGGCAACAUUUACUGGGUCUUAUUCGAAAUCGUGAGCAGCGAUUACAAGCGGCUGGCGAAAUUCAUCGGUUUCAUCGCGAUGUAGCGGAUGCGCUGUCACGGAUACAAGAGAAGGAAGCUGCAUUACCGGAAGAUCUGGGUCGUGAUUUAAAUUCUGUUCUGGCGUUGAUUAGGCGACAUGAGGGAUUCGAGAACGACCUGGUCGCAUUGGAGGCUCAGCUGCAGGUCUUAGUGGAGGAUGCGUCCAGAUUACAAGCUCAUUAUCCUGGAAACAAUGCUGUGCAUAUCCAACAACAACAACAUAUCGUUGUUGAUCACUGGGAAGAACUGAAGGAAAGAUCUGCUCAUCGGAGAGAUCAAUUGCAGGCUAGUUGCGAUCUGCAACGAUUUUUUACUCAGGUAAGAGACUUGAUGAAUUGGGCAGCGGGACUCCGCGCUACGAUGUCGACGGAGGAGAAGGUUCGAGACGCAGCCAGCGCACAAACCUUAAAGGCAGAGCAUGAGGCUCUGAAAGGAGAAAUUGAAGCGAGAGAAGACAGUUUCGGCUCGGUGCUGGAUCUCGGGGAGGCGAUGGUGCAGACUGGUCACUAUGCCGCUACGGAGGUCGAAGAGAAGUGCAAUCAACUGUUGGACGAGCGACAGAAGCUGCACACCGCUUGGCAACAGAAAAAGGUGCACUUGGAUCAACUAAUCGAUUUGCACUUUUUUUUACGAGAUGCCAAACAGCUCGACAAUCUGUCCAGUACUCAAGAGGCCGCGCUGAGCGGCGACAACUUUGGGGUUUCAGUCGAAGAGGUGGACGCGCAAGUGAAGAAACACAACGAAUUUGAGAAGCUGCUGGUCACGCACGAAGAAAAGCUGACGGCUCUGCAGGAACAUGGGGACAAGCUGUUGGCGCAGAAUCAUUUCGACUCGCCAACGAUCGCCAAAAGACUGAGCGAGGUUGUGCAAAGACGCGCGAGGAUUCGAGACUUGUGUGACGCGCGAAGAAAACGAUUAGAGGCCAGUCUGUUACACGCUCAGUUCGUGAGGGACGUGGGCGAGGCUGAAUCAUGGAUAGGCGAGAAGCAGAAAAAACUGGAAGCGGAAGCAUCGAAGGGCGAAGUAUCCAGCCUGGAAGACAAGAUCAAGAAACUGCAGAAACACCAGGCGUUCCAAGCCGAGCUGGCAGCGAAUCAAGGCAGAAUCGAGGAAAUCAAAGCGAAAGGAGAGACGUUACUGGCGCAGAAGCAUCCGGCGAGCGCGGAAAUCCAUCAGCAACUGGAAUAUUUGCAUGCAUCCUGGAGAAAGUUACUGCUAGAAUCUGGAAAUCGAGGCAGAGGUUUGGAAGAAGCCCAGGAUAUCUUGGAAUUUAAUAAUCAAGUGGAGAAAAUUGAAGCCUGGAUCAGAGACAAGGAAAUGAUGGUUCAAGCUGGCGAUACCGGAAAAGAUUACGAACACUGCUUGAGUCUUCAGAGGAAACUUGAUGAUGUAGACAGCGACAUGCGAGUGGAUGAUUCCAGAAUAAAGACGAUCAAUGCUUUGGCAGACAAGCUUAUAAAACAGGGUCGCGAUAACGAAUCGAAGACGAUUCAACAACGUCGCGAUAACUUUAAUAAUAAAUGGAAAGGAUUGCAAGGCGCGCUGAGUACAUAUCGCGAAACGUUGGCGGGUGCGUUGGAAAUCCAUCUUUUCAACCGAGAUAUCGACGACACGAGCCAAAGAGUUAUUGAGAAAUCUGUGGCUAUGAACACGAGCGACACGGGGAAAGAUUUACCUGCCGUCGAACAGUUGCAGAGGAAGCAGGAGGCUAUGGAACGAGACAUGACUGCUAUAGAAGGUAAAUUGAAAGAGCACAGAACGGAAGCGCGAAACUUGUCACACAAGUAUCCGGAUAAGGCGCCGGAAAUAAAUGGGAUACUAUCCGAGCUUCAAUCCAAUUGGGAUGAUCUGCAGCGGCUAACCCGACAUCGUCGUGAUGCUCUCAAUCGAGCCUACACGUUGCACAAGUUCCAAGCUGACCUACACGAAUUAGACAUUUGGGUGGUCGACACUAUCAAACGUAUGGACGAGUCCGAACCACCGACUACCAUAUCCGAAGCCGAGGCUGUGCUGGAAUUACACCAAGAGAGGAAAGCGGAGAUCGAUGGUCGACAAGAUAUAUUCAAGGGUUUGAAGGAACAUGGCCAGAAGCUCCUGUCGAUCGACGAGGACGUCAAAGACAAUCUCGAGCAUUUGGAGGAACUCAGACAAACUUUAGUACACGCGUGGGAUGAUCGUAGACAAAAAUUAACACAAGCACAUCAGUUGCAGCUAUUCAAGGAACAAGCCGAUCAAGCUGACAGCUGGCUAGCAACAAAAGAAGCUUUCCUCAAUAAUGACGAUCUCGGCGAUUCGCUGUCGGGUGUCGAGACGUUGCUGCGUAAGCACGAGGAAUUCGAGAAAAUGUUGGCGUCUCAAAUGGGACGCAUCGAGGAGCUGGAGAAAUUCGCCAACGAUAUCCUGUCGCAGCAACACGCGGAUGCAAACAUAAUAAAGCAACGGCUCAACUCGGUCUGCAGCAGAAGAGACAAGUUAAAGAACAGCGCGACAGCCAGAAGAAGAAAGCUACUGGAGAGCCACCAUUUACAUCAGUUUCUCAGAAACAUAUACGAAGUGGAAGGCUGGCUACAUCAAAAACAGCAGGUAGCGAGUGAUGAGAAUUACAGGGACUCCUCGAAUCUGCAGAGCAAGAUUCAGAAACACGCCGCAUUUGAGAGUGAACUGAUGGCGAACAAGGGUAGAAUCAGUGCAGUGGUCAACGAAGGCGAGGCCCUUAUUGAAGAGGAUCACUAUGCCUCAAAGGAGAUACAGGAACGUUUGGACGACUUGGAAGCGCAGUGGCGUCUCUUACAGGAGACUAGUGAGCUGAAGAAGAACCGGCUGAACGACGCAUACCAGGCCUUACUGUUCGGCCGUAGUCUGGACGAGUUCGAGACGUGGAUGGAUGAGGUAGAGACUCAGUUGCAAUCGGAAGAUCAUGGCAAGGAUCUCUCGAGCGUGGCGAAUUUACUGAAGAGACAUACUAACCUGGAGAAUGACGUACUAGGUCACAACGAGGCGUGUGAAUACAUUAAAGAUACCGCCGCAAGUUUCCAGAAAUCGAAUCAUUUCAUGUGUGACGAGAUUCAGGACAGAGCGUUAGUUACGAUCAACAGGUACCAUAGUCUUCAGGAACCGAUACAAAUACGCAGGGAUAAUUUGGAGGAUGCGAAGUUACUGCAUCAAUUCGCGAGAGACGUUGAGGAUGAGCUGCAUUGGCUGUCGGAGAAAGAACCGUUGGCUGCGAGCAACGAUUUGGGGAACUCCCUGACAACAGUGCAACGAUUACAGAAAAAACACCAUGCAUUAGAGGCGGAACUAUUGUCCAGAGAGCCUGUGGUAGCUUCUUUGGUUAGUAGAGCAACCGUGAUGAUCAGAAGUGGACAUUUCGCGGCAGACAAGAUUGAAAAGUUGUCCCAGGAAUUACAACAAAAAUUAUCACACCUACGAGACUUGGCGAGUGUCAGAAAAUUGAGAUUGCUUGACGCUGUAGAAUCGCAAAUGUUUUACGCGGAAGCCGCGGAAGCUGAACAGUGGAUCAGGGAGAAACAUCCACAACUAACGUCAAACGAUCACGGCAAGGACGAAGACUCCGUUCAGUCUUUAUUGAAGAAAUUAGAGGGCAUCGAGCGCGAUUUGUCCGGUUUCGAGAAUACGAUUGACAACUUGAAGAAGCUUUCACAUGGUCUAGUGGAGAGGCAUCAUUUCGACAGUAAGAAUAUCGCACAAAAACAAGCGGAUAUCGAGAUGAAGUUCAAAGAGUUGCAGAAACUGAAGGAACAUCGAUUGCAGAGAUUAUCGGAGAGCGAAAAGUUCUACAAAUUUAUUAGGCAGGCAGACGAGGUAAUCGAAUGGAUUGGAGAUCAAACAACGGUCGCUGCAUCGGAGGACUAUGGACGCGAUGUAGAACACGUGGAACUGCUGAUCCAGAUAUUCGACAACUUCUUAGCCGGUUUAACGACCAGCGAAGGUCGCGUAUCGGCCGUGCUCGAUGCUGGUCAAAGACUGAUAGAGCAGAACAAUCCGGAGAAAAGCAAAAUACUUGUAAAAAUCGACGAGACAAAACAACAGUGGGAGGACCUAAAAGAAUUAGCGAACGCUCGACAAGAGGCAUUGGCGGGUGCCAAGCAAGUUCAUAUGUUUGACAGAACGGCCGAUGAGACGAUCUCUUGGAUACAGGAGAAAGAAGCCACCCUCAGUUCAGAUGGCUACGGCCACGAUCUGGAAACGAUUCAGGCGUUGGUGAGGAAGCAUCAAGGAUUUGAGACCGAUCUAGCGGCUGUGAAGGAGCAAGUGGAAUGUCUAAUGGUAGAAGCGUCCAGGUUGAUCGAGCUGUUCCCAGACGCACGUAUACACAUCGACGUGAAACAUCAGGAAGCAGAAAAUGCCUGGGGCGAAUUGCUGGAAAAAGCAGCGCAGAGAGGAAGCAAACUGGCCCAAGCUGAACAAUUACAGGCGUAUCUGGGCGAAUACAGGGAACUGAUGUCCUGGAUAAACGAGAUGGUGGCCAAGGUGACGGCACCGGAGUUAGCACGGGACGUUCCCGGCGCCGAGGCACUGAUAUCCAGGCACAAUGAGUACAAGUCGGAAAUUGACACGCGUCAUGAAGCCUUCGAGAAGUUCUACAAGACCGGCCAAGAGCUAAUUGAGCAAGGGCAUUUCUUGGCAAAGGAAAUCGAGGACAAGAUAUCAGUAUUGCAGCAACGCCAGCAGAUCUUAAAGGACACGUGGCAGCAAAGGGGACUCAUUUAUGAACAAAAUUUGGAUACGCAGCUAUUCAAGAGAGAUGCUGAGACUCUAGAAAACUGGAUAGUCAGUAGGGAACCGAUGCUGCAGGAUGGAAAAUUCGGAGAGAGCAUUCCACAAGUGGAAGAGUUGAUAAGGAAGCACGAUGAUUUCGAGAAGACUAUAGAGGCGCAGGAAGACAGAUUCAGCGCACUCAAGCGAAUAACGAUGCUUGAAAAAGCUUUCCAAAAGCAACAAGAAGCAGAAAUCGCAGCUCGUCAAGCGGAAAAAGAGCGUGUGGAACGUGCUAGGAUCGAGGAACGAAAACGCAAAGAAGUACAGAGAAUAACAGAAGAACGGAAACGUGAAGAGGAACGUAGACGAUUGUUGGAUAAUUCUCAUCGCACGCAACACGACGAAGUUAACGGCUCCGUCGAUGAACAUGAAUCUGUGAAUAUAUUAUCGCCAUUAAAGGGCGCUACUGCUUCCGAAAUAGCAGAAUCUGCGACACCUCAGAAACCGCAUGGCAUAUCGCACAUGUUUGGUGAAAAAUUAAGACGAGCGACUUCGGAUAUCAAGAGGGCUGAGAGCAUGAAAGUUGAUACGAAAAAACCAAAACGAACCCCGAGCUUCACUACCAGACGAAGAACGCAAAGCUUCAGGAAACUGCAACGGAUGGAGAACAUGGACGCCCUACGGCCGGUUGAGAUUCAAGGUCUUCUCGAGCGAAAACACGAGCUUCAAAGUGCCGGUAAAAAGGCAGCCGUGCGAUCAUGGAAGCAAUACUACACCGUACUGUGUGGACAACUGCUGUGCUUCUUCAAGGAUAUAGAGGAUUUCUCAUUAAGCAAAGCGGCUACUGCCCCGAUAACCAUUUUUAAUGCCAUAUGUGAGAAAGCAGACGAUUACACAAAAAAGAAGAACGUAUUCCGGCUGAAGUGCACGGACGGCUCGGAAUUUUUAUUCUUAGCGCCGAGCCCACAAGAGAUGGAAGACUGGGUUAACAAAAUCUCUUUCCACGCAAAACUGCCGCCAAGCCUACAGCUGCUAAGUUACGACGAGUCUCAAAAGCAAGAAAGUUUGGAGAGGCUACAAAACGCGUCGCUAGACCACGCGGAUGACAACGUCUCGACCGGAAGUAGCCACACUUCCACACCCGAGAUGGAGCGCAAGAAUUCUGUGAUCAGGCGCGAUCCUGCGGGGAAUCAGCACUCGCCGAGUUCGGUGCAAAUAGAAUUUCUGCAGAAACACCGGCAGAAUCAACAGCGACGCAACGACGCGCAGAACGCCGAGUUUCUGGCGUCGCAGAGGUCUGAACCGCAAACCCAGACGGAAUUUCUGCAGAUGCACAGACAGCAACAGUUGCUCGCGCAACAGCAACAACAGCAGCUGAUACAACAGGAGCAACUGGCUGCCCAGAGGGACCAAUAUCAACAAAAUUCCGCGAUGCUGGGAACCGACAAGCCACCUAUACCGCCGAGAGGCGCUCCUCCGCCUGUCCCUAUACGAACACCAAGUUCAGAAAAUAUGGUGCAAUACCGACGUAAUGACGCGGAACAUCACUUGCAACAAGGAAGACCUAAUGUCUACCAACAACGUAGCGCGACAUUAAAUCACAAUGGAUCUGGACAGUAUCCGUCGAACGAGGGAUGGCAUCGACAAAGCAGUGUAGAGCUUUCUACACAACAUCAAGAAUUAGCACCCCCUCUGCCAUCGAGCGCCCCUCCGCCGACCAGAAUGUCUCAAUGGAACACUUCUCAUGAUCCUGCAUACGGAAAUGUACCAAUAAACGUUCGACAGGGUAUGCAGCAGCAGAACAAUACAUUCACCGGCAGACCGGCAUCGUUGCCGCCUUAUGUCGCACCGCCAGCGGCUCCUCAAACGUCCCCUAACAUCACAGUAGUGGACGGCAGAAGAGCGUCAGAGAGUGGAUCGGAGAGCGAGCACAGCACCGGCAGUAAUAGGAAAGAUCGCGACUACAAGCGAAGUUCCGUGUUGAGCAACCUGUUCGGAAGACGCAAGAAACCCUCUCAGUCGUAACACCAAUUCAGGUGCUUUCACGAAAUAUGCUUGUAAGCCACGAUCUUAAUGGCCAGUUUAUAUGGGCUGUACUUAAGAUGUGGCACAACGACGAACGAUCUUCCUCAACAUAACAGAGUUCUUCGAGAAUAUCGACAACAAUUUCGACAUUAUCGCACCGGUUUUGUUGAAUAAUCGGUAGAAACUGACUUUAUGAAGAAUGUUUGUAAAAAUUGUAAAUUGAUUAAUCUGCGUAAUCCAUAGAGGAUUAAUAGACAGAUUUUCUUCAUAGAUUAUUAGUAGGAUUACAUUAGAUAAAACAAAUUCGAAAUACAUAUUAAACAAAAUUACAAAUUAAACGAAAUAUCUUUACACAUAAAACAAAAUGUAACUAAAGAAAAUGCACAUAUGCAAAAAUAUGUAUACAGAGUCCAUGUACAUGCAAAGUGCACCUUUGACGACUAUGGCAAUUAAAAACGAUUAAUCAUAUUGAAAAAGGACCAAUAUAUGUGGUUCAGUGAAACCUCGUGUAAAUAUAUCGACUUCAAUUCUGUGACUAUUUCUUAAUACUCAUUAUCAGCCUAUGAUCUAACAAUACUGUUAUACUCGAUGAACUCUGUUAUGAACUCUGUUCUAAUGGUCUAUAAUAAUACCACAACGAACAAUGUUUUGUAAUAUAAAAAAAAUUUACAGUCCUGCAAAAGAGAUAACUUACCAAGUUUAUUUGAAAUGUACCUGACUUUAAGAACGAAGUUCACAAGUAUAGAACUCUUUUUCUUUUUCGGAGAUUAUUUCUUUCCUUUUUCAUUUUUUUUUUUAAGUUAAAAAGUACCAGAGAGACGUUGAAAUACAAAAAGAGUGUAAUAAGUUUAAGUUGUAGAUGUCAUAAUAUAUGUUGAAAAUAUUA